AGAAGUUGCAUGCAGCCGAAGAUUGAGGCCACUGCCGCGAGGAAGCGUGAGGAGCUUGUGAAGCAGAAGACACGCGAUAUCAUACUUGCAGUGAAGAUGGAGUAUCAGGGAGACGCGUCAGUGGAGCCGGUGGCGCUGGAAGCUGCACAGCUGCAGCGCGCGAAUGCCUCGCUCCGCGCACAGCUCGGCGAGGUGUGCCGACGCGAAAAGGAGCUGCGGUCCGAGCUGGCCGCCGCGCGGCGUGCGGAGCGGGAGCUGAGGGAGCUGCGGCAGCAGCACGAGGCGGUGCAGUCGCAGCUGAGUGAGGCGCGGCGUGCGGAGCGGGAGCUGAGGGAGCUGCUGCAGCAGCAGCCUGAGGCAGAGGUGCCGAGUGAGGCCCCCCACGAGCUCGAGGCGGCGGCUGUGCAGCCUGCCGUUUUCGUUCGUGAGCGUGCAGCCUUGCCUCCUGUAUGCAGUAAUCUUGCGAGUCGGUUUGAAGGGGAAGUUUCUUCCUCCGAGAGAAGUAUUGUGAGGGGCAUGCUUACUCCUCCUUUUCCCUUUUCUGACGCUUUUUCUUUUAAUGACGUGGAACUGAGUUCUUUGCUCGGAGGGGUUGGUGAUAUUCUAGGCGACGAUGUUUUGGGAGUUGGCGCGUUGUCGGAUAUGAGUCUUCGUGGACUUUGUGUGUCUUUGGCGCGUCUUGUGCUGAGGUCGCGGGAGCGGGCGAAUGUGCAGAGGGAGAUCUUGGAAACCUUUUUGGAGUGCCAGGACCGCUUGCGUGAGUCAAAUGGAAUGCGCAUUAAGAUGUUGGAAGAGGAAGUUGAGGUUCUUCGUGGGGAGCUAAGACAUAUGAGUAUGGGAGAGUAA